AUGGACGCUAGUGUCGACGAGAUGCUCGUCCUCGUCGACCACGCCGCCCGUGCCACCACAGGCAAGAGGUCCGGGUCCCUUCUCCUUUUAACGGCUGGCAAUGGCGCAGCCGGGAGCGGCGGGUUCGACUACGACCUCGUGAUCAUCGGCCACGGCGCCGCCCUGCACGCAGUCGACAAGGUUGUUCGGCUCAUUGCUGUUCUGCAGGUCUUCCGUGUGUAA